GUACCUGAGUUUUGCGUUUACUUUUCUCCUGAUUGUUUUAACUGCUGCCAGACGCCUUAUCUCUAACUUGAUGAGAUGUCCUGAUCAUUGAUAAGGAAUCUGUGGAUAUAUUAUUCAGAGUUCGUAGAAGGAUAACUUCGAUUGAAGAGCCCAGGCCAGGAUGAUGGAUAUUUCGAAAAACAGUCUCAUCGUGUCGGCACUGUUCAAAAGAUUGAGACAGACGAGGAGUGCAAAACAGUCUUCUGAGAAAAACGAGAUUCUCGCCCUGGUUUCGAGCUCACAAAGCCCUGAUGGGUGUAUUGGAAGUCAUAGAAAUACGUGUGAGGAUUCCAGCACUAUAGAAUCUGAACCGAGUCCAGUUAGCCCCAAAACAGAGUCAGUUCUGGAGGUAGAACAACAAUGUUUCAUGCAGACAAGUGGAUCAAAUGCUUCGAGUCACGAAAAGAAAAGCUCCAAAAAGCAAUCGAAGACAUCUGGGAAAGAUGUUUCGAAACAAUCCCAGGAUUCGCCGCCUUCCCCUCAGGAAUCAACACAAGGAUCUGUAACUGACACGUGCUCAACAUUGGUCAUCUUUAAGAACUGGACACUUUGUGACCUUGUACUUGCCGCAAUUGUAUUCACCUUGGCUUUAGUCCUUUUGAACGAGGCUUGCUGUGUCCUAUCAACGUUUCAUAGGAGACCUAGAAGAAGAAGUUACUGCUGACUAAAAUGGUGGCGUGAAGCCUCAACAAAAG